AUGACGUUUUAUGCCCCUGGUCUCCCGAGCGUGGCUGCAGCUACCACCGACCUCCUACCGUCUAUUGGAAGCAUCGGAAACACAUUGCUGAUCCCAUGGCGAGGCAUCACAGCCCCGUCGGCGCCUUCGUCGUCCUCCCGGACAAAUGUGGCUGCCACGGACGCGACUUCUGCGGUACCUGCAUCCCCAACGACCGUCCGGCUGCCUGACUUUCUGGCCACGACUACCCUGCCGCGCAGCUUCGCCUCGCCAUUUGCCCACGGUCUCCAGCCCACCGACGCACGGUCCAUCUUUGCCAACAUGCCACAACCGUCGCUCAUGGCAGCGAAUCCGUUUCUGCAUCUGAUCUUUGCCGGCCGCGCUCUUGGUGGCGCGUCAAGACCGCAAGCCCGAACACUCUCGACGACCGCCUCUGUGAACCGCCUCUUCUGGCCGGCCGGCCAGCGGCCGCGGUUCUACGGCGUGACCAGCACUUCAUCACUCGCUGCCUACCGUACUGCCAUCGCAUCUAGCAUCCGCUUCGCUUCUCCGCGACGGACCGUUACCUCUGGCAGCAUCUCUCGGAACCUCCUCGAAAAUCGCGAAGCGGCUGCCAACCGGAAUCCCUCGAGUGCCACCGCGCAGACUGCCUUCUACCAGGUGCUGCUCAAGGCCAACAUGCCCAUGAUUGUGAUCGAACGCUACAACUCGGGUCGUUUUGCCGCCAACGAAGCUACGACAGAGGCUUACCACCGCGCCCUAGGCAUGCUGCAGGCGGUGGGACAGGCAAUCGCGGCGCAGAACCGGGGUGCAACGGUGGCCGUGGGCAAGAGUGCUCAGGGUACCGGAGCUAAGGACGCACCGAUUCAUGUGGUUGUGGACCAGCCCAUCAGCGACGUGCUCUUCCGCUGGGUCAAGUUUGUUCUCUGGUUCUGUCUGUUCACUUACUUCAGUCUGGUCGUGAUCACGAUGUUGAUUGAGGGGCUCAACACGUUCAAGCGGCCGACAGGACGCGCGGACAACGAGGUCAAGGCCGAGAGCCAAAAGACGCGCUUCACGGACGUUCACGGCUGCGACGAGGCCAAGGACGAGCUGCAGGAGCUGGUCGACUUUCUCAAGAACCCGGCCGGCUUUUCGACAUUGGGCGGCAAGCUGCCCAAGGGCAUCCUGUUGGUCGGUCCUCCGGGCACGGGCAAGACACUUUUGGCUAGGGCGGUCGCCGGCGAGGCGGGCGUGCCGUUCUUCUACAUGUCAGGCAGCGAAUUCGACGAGGUAUACGUGGGCGUGGGCGCCAAGCGGGUGCGUGAUCUGUUCACGGCCGCGCGGGGCAAGUCACCGGCAAUUGUAUUCAUCGACGAACUGGAUGCCAUCGGCAGCCGGCGCAACUCACGGGACGCGGCCUACGUAAAGCAGACGCUCAACCAGCUGCUGACGGAGCUGGACGGAUUCGAGCAGAACAGCGGCGUGAUCAUCCUGGCGGCGACCAACUUCCCGGAGCUUUUGGACAAGGCACUGACGGGCGACCAGGCCGGUUCGACCGGACGGCUGGCGAUCCUACAGCACCACGCGCACAAGAUCAAGUCGGCCAAGGAUGUGGACCUGCAAUCGAUCGCGCUGCAGACGUCGGGGCUGUCGGGAGCGGAGCUGGAGAGCAUCGUGAACCAGGCGGCGAUCCACGCGAGCAAAGCCAAGGCGCUGUCGGUGACCAAGACGGACUUUGACUGGGCCAAGGACAAGGUGAUCAUGGGGGCUGAGCGCAAGAGCAUGGUGAUCAGCCCCAAGGAGAAGGAGCUGACGGCGUACCACGAGGCGGGUCACGCGCUGGUCAGCUACUUCAGCCCGUCGUCGCCGAACAAGCUGUACAAGGUGACGGUGCUGCCACGUGGUGGCUCGCUGGGCCACACGUCGAUGCUGCCGGAGAUGGACAAGUACUCGUACAGCGCCAAGGAUUUCCUAGCGAUGAUUGAUGUUUCGCUGGGCGGGAAACUGGCCGAGGAGAUCAAGUACGGCAACGAGAUGGUGACGGGCGGUGCAUCAAGCGACCUGGAGCACGCGACAUCGAUUGCUUACCGGAUGGUGACGCAGCUGGGCAUGUCGGAGAGGGUGGGCCCAGUGCAGAUGUGGAACCGGUACGACAAGCUGAGCUCGGAGACCAAGGCGGUGAUUGAGUCGGAGGUGCAGAAGACGCUCACGGACGCGUACGAGCGGUCACGACGGCUGCUGCAGUCCAAACGCAAGGAAUUGGACCUGCUGGCGGCAGCACUGCUGCGGUACGAGACCCUGGACAAGGACGAGGUGCUCAAGGUGAUCUCGGGGCAGAAGCUGACGGGCCGUAUUGCCGUGCCGGAGGGUCCGAUGCUGGUGCCCAAGCCGGCCAGCUUGGAUGACGACGUGCCGUCUGACCUGGCCGACGAGGACACCAAAGCGCCACCGCCAGCGCAGCCGGAGGCUCCAUAG